GGUGAGGAAAUCAAAGGGCGAGUGAAAAGUCGGGUCAAGAGUUUCAUCAGCAGAAGAAGAAUGUCUCCCUUAAGACGCGACGGUAUUGUUCCCGAUGUCAUCGAUUCGGUGCCGAACGACACGAUAACGGUGAAGUAUCCGUCGGGAGUUGAGGUAAACUAUGGCAACGAAUUAACGCCCACUCAAGUGAAGGACAAACCGACGGUUGUCUGGCCCGCAGACGGCAACUCUCUGUACGCACUCGUGAUGACAGAUCCGGACGCCCCGAGUCGUAAGGAGCCCAUCAAUGGUCAGGUCAAACACUGGCUUGUGGUC